AUGGGCCUCUUUCAAUGGGGUGAACACGCCGUAGCAGGCCGGGUUCUGGCUUCAUCUAGAUCCAGUCCUCGCCUGAGAGGUACGGAUAUGCCACCACUUCCACCUGUCUAUGGAGUACCUCACCGGAUAUCCCUCGUUCUCGAACUGGAGGUCCAGGUUGCAUGCAUCGGCCACCGGGGAUCGGGCCCCAGUCUUCCUUCUCGCGGGGAUCGGGGAGCUGCGCCGUACGGUAGCACGUUGCUCGUCUUGUCUAGCCCUCCUCCUCUCCUGCAGCUGUUCCUCAUCAUCCAAGUUCCAACAAGAUAUUCUUGUUCAAGUGUUGUAACCUGUGGACUGUGUGGUGGUGGUUCUGAUACCAUUCUUAUCAAAAAUCUCGACUAUCCCCCAAUCCAACCCUCUUUAGCCUUCAGUCCCGCAGCGGAAGCCUGUGCGCGCCUCGACGUCGAUCACCAGACGACGGGCCAACUUUGCUUUUGGCAUCUCCUUCCCGCUACUGACAAGACAAGACAUAUAUACAAAGCAAACAUGUCCGUGGACGAGAAGAACCCUCAGGACUUUGAGAGCUCGGCCGCCUCGUCCGACUCUCGCGCUGAUACGGGCAACAUCGACGCCGCGUGGAAGUUCCUCAACGACCAUCGCGAUGCCGGCACCGACACAAGCUCCGUGGACAUGAAGGCGCUCAGACGCAAGAUCGACUGGCGCCUUGUCCCCCUCAUGUUUCUCUGCUACACCAUGCAGUUCCUGGACAAGGUCAUUCUCAACGUGAGUCCUUCCACGUGGUCUUCCAAGAUCUCUCUUCCCACUACAACCUCUCUCUCAUCCAGCUCAUGUUUGAGCGGCGUACUUGCUUUUUACGCCGCCGUCAUGGGCUUGAGCAAGGACCUGAAGCUCGUCGGCAACGAGUUCUCCAACAUUGCAACCUUCCUCUUUGUCGGUCUUCUUUGCUUUGAGGUUCCCAACAGUAAGCCUUACCCCAUCUUAUUCCCCAUAUCACCGGAAGAAAAGCAAGAAAAGAGAGACUCGAACGAUGUGGAAACUCUGGAGACGCUUGGAGGGCGAUGGAGGAACUCGAACGUUGGAGAGACACGAAUCAUCAAGACUCGGAUCAUGAGCAUCUACUUCCUCCAGAUGGUCCCCGCGGCCAAGUGGUUGGGCCUCAACGUCAUCCUCUGGGGCACCGCGACCGCCUGCGGUGCCGCCGCCCACAACUACCAGUCACUACUCGUCUCCCGUGUCUUCCUGGGUAUCUUCGAGGCCACCAUCGGCCCCUCCCUGAUGCUCAUCAGCGCCCAGUGGUACACCAAGUCCGAGCAGGCCCCGCGCUUCUCCUUCUGGUACCUGGGUCUCGGCCUCGGCCAGAUCCUCGGCGGCGCCAUCUCCUACAGCUUCCAGCACAUCGCUCCCGGCGCGGGCCUCGCCGGCUGGCGCAUCAUGUUUGUCGUCCUCGGCUGCCUGACCGUCACCAUCGGCAUCUGCACCGUCCUCUUCGUCCCGGACACGCCCAUGCAGGCCCGCUGGCUGAGCGACACCGAGAAGGUUGCCCUGCUGAAGCACGUCAGCGUCAACCAGACCGGUAUCGAGAGCCGCAAGUUCCGCCCCAAGCAGAUCCUCGAGGCUCUCAUGGACCCCCAGAUGUACCUCAUGGUCGUCGCCGUCGUUCUCCUGUCCGUUUCCAGCGGUGUUGUCACGACCUACUCUGCCACUCUCAUCCGCAACCUCGGCUACGACUCCAAGCACGCCGCUCUGAUGAACAUGCCUUCCGGUGUUGUGAGCAUCUUCUUCACUCUUCUCGUCGGAUACGGAAUUCGUCACACGUCCAACCGGUGGGCUUGGAUCGUCGCCUGCAUCAUCCCAGCCAUCAUUGGUGGCGCUCUGAUGUCUUUCCUUCCCGUUAGCAACCGCUCUGGUUGCUUGGCCGGCAUCUACCUCGUCAACGCCGUCGUUGCCCCCUUGACCGUCUUCUACGCCGUAAGUACACCUCCGAGUCGCGAGAUGUUUGCGUCUCAAAAGACCGUAGACUACAUGUGGACUGCCGCCAACUUUGGAGGUGCCACCAAGCGUGCCUUUGCUGCCGCCAUCGUCUCCGGCUCCUUCUCGCUCGGCAACAUCAUCGGACCCCAGACCUUCCAGGCCAAGGACGCGCCCGAGUACCGCCCGGCCAAGAUCGCCGUCAUGGGCACCCAGGCCGGCUGCGCCGUCGUCACCCUGGCGCUGUACGCCUACUACCGCUACGAGAACAAGCGCCGCGGUGCCAUCAAGCAGUCCGAGGACGCCUACAUGGCCCCCGAGAACUGGCAGUCAAUGACUGACAAGGAGAACAAGUCUAUGCACAGAGCGCACAAAGUUCCGAGUUCUUACCACGUAUUUACCGACGACUACACGUUGCGCCGUCCGUGGGACUCUUUUUUGGUUUCAGACGAGUUGGGUCUUACGCGCCGAUACAAACGACAUAGCUUUUCAGCUUACAUGCCCGUUACAGUUUCAGGCUACAUUUAUCUCGCCAACGGACGCUUUAGACUGGCUCUACGUCCGAUGCUUUGCCUGCCCGUCCACCCGAGGUGGACGGGCAGAGGCAACGCUGACUGGACGGCGUACGGCGCCACGGUUCACCAAGUCCGGUCAUAUCUGUCGUGCGGGUCGCUCGGGAACCUUCCACCCACUUACCGGCGAAGCGUAAAGAGAAAAGAGGGAAAAAAGGGUGACAAAGGAGAAAACCCAAAAAUCCAUCGGAGGUCGGUGCUCACGGCCAACUCUAACAAACCAAGCCAAACCCAAGGCCUCUACGGCAAAGGCCCUAGAGACUUGGGCCUAAAGACGCAUAGAUUACCAAAAGAGUGGUAUUCGCCUAGUCUGCUUGGUCAGAUUGCGACCCUAGCCUCUAGAGUCUACUAUGACAUUUAG